AUGGCGGCACUUCGAAGAAAAUUUGGCGAAGACUACCAGGUGGUAAACACAAAUCGCGCUGCCACUUUUUCUGCUCCGGUCAAGAAGAAACGCCAGCGCUUCGUGGACAAGAACGGUCGCUGCAAUGUGCAGCACGGAAACCUCGGUGGAGAGACAAGCAGGUACCUCUCUGACCUCUUCACCACUUUGGUAGACCUAAAGUGGCGAUGGAACCUGCUCAUCUUCAUCCUAACUUACACGAUCGCUUGGCUGGUCAUGGCAUCUAUGUGGUGGAUCAUUGCUUAUAUCAGAGGAGACCUAAAUCACGGCCACGACUCGUCCUACACCCCCUGUGUAGCCAAUGUUUACAACUUCCCCUCAGCUUUUCUGUUUUUCAUCGAGACUGAGGCCACGAUCGGCUACGGCUACCGGUACAUUACAGAGAAGUGCCCGGAGGGCAUCAUCCUCUUCUUGUUCCAGUCGCUUCUGGGCUCCAUAGUGGACGCUUUUCUCAUCGGGUGCAUGUUCAUUAAAAUGUCCCAACCUAAGAAACGCGCAGAGACGCUCAUGUUCAGUCAGGACGCAGUGAUUUCACAGCGAGACGGCAAACUGUGCCUCAUGUUCCGUGUGGGCAACCUGCGCAACAGCCAUAUGGUGUCCGCUCAGAUCAGGUGCAAACUCAUAAAGUCUCGUCAGACACCCGAGGGCGAGUUCCUGCCUCUGGACCAGUGUGAAUUGGAUGUUGGUUUUGGGACGGGUGCAGACCAGCUCUUCCUGGUGUCCCCUCUCACCAUUUGCCAUGAAAUCAAUCCCAAGAGCCCCUUUUUCGACUUAUCCCAGCGCUCUCUCAUGAACGAAGAGUUUGAGAUUGUCGUUAUCCUUGAGGGCAUCGUGGAGACGACUGGUAUGACAUGCCAGGCACGGACGUCAUAUACGGAGGAUGAGGUUUUAUGGGGUCAUCGCUUCCUGCCGGUGAUGUCCCUGGAGGAGGGCUUUUUCAGAGUAGACUACUCUCAGUUCCACAGCACGUUUGAGGUACCAACACCACCAUACAGCGUCAAAGAGCACGAAGAGAAGAAUUCACUGCCCUCGCCUCUAUCCACUCCCACCCCCGCUCUGACCGAGAGACAUAGCGCCCGGCGUGACCGCGUGUUUUCUGUGGAUUGCAUCAACACAUCAGAGGAAAGGGGCCGUCAUGGAGGGAUUGGGGGUCGACUGCCAAGCAAGUUGCAGAGGAUGAGCUCAUCUGGGAAGGAGGAUUUGCAGAGGAAAGUGCUUAUGCUCAGCUCCCACCAUUCUGAGAAGGCCUGCAGCACAGGAGACCUGCCCUUAAAGCUCCAACGCCUCAGCUCCUCGACAGGACCCGAGGCAGAGAGUCGGCUGCAACUCAAGUCUCUCAAGGUGGGCUUCGAACCCAUGACACAGUCAACUGGAGACCUGUACCAGCACAGCUUAACGCCCACGCUGUCCGCUGCUCCGAUCCCCAUGCACAGUCCAUUGCUCUCAGCUGGAGGGAGGCUUGAGGACAACCUGCCAGCGAAGCUACGGAAGAUGAAUGCUGAACGCUGAAACCCGGACUCCCUUUGACCACAGACAGACAGGAGGAGACGUGCAUUGGGAACAGACUCUUAGAUGUACUUUACCUUUGGAGGCUUUGAAAGGAAUUGAUGGCUUACUGACAAUUUAUUGAU